AGAAAUGAGUCCAGAGACAGUAACACUUCUGCUUGUAAAUAUAGCAGGAAUACUAGAAAGAGCAGACGAGUCAUUACUCCCAGGUGUAUACAAAGAAGUGGGAGCAGCCCUUAAUAUUGAUCCCACAGGUCUUGGUUCCCUCACACUCUUCAGAUGCAUAGUUCAGUCUUCUUGCUACCCUCUUGCUGCUUACCUUGCCACCCGCCAUGAUCGAACCUUUGUCAUCGCUAUUGGUGCGUAUCUUUGGGCUGCUGCCACCUUUCUUGUCGCCUUCUCCUCCACCUUCUUCCAGGUAGCAGUAUCAAGAGCAUUGAAUGGAGUAGGACUAGCCAUUGUAAUACCUGCAAUUCAGUCCCUUGUUGCAGACUCCACAGAAGAGAGCACCCGAGGCAUGGCCUUUGGAUGGUUGCAACUAACAGGAAACAUGGGCGCCAUCCUAGGAAGUAUUUGCUCCGUAAUGAUAGCCUCAACAUCAUUCAUGGGAAUCCCAGGAUGGAGGCUAGCCUUCCAUUUAGUUGGGAUCAUAAGCGUUGCAGUUGGCAUUUUAGUCCAACUAUUUGCUAAUGAUUCUCGCUUUGCAAAUAAGCCCAGGAGUGAGUGUGUAAUUACAAACACCCCCUUCUGCUCAGAACUUAAGGAGGUACUAUUAGAAGCGAAAUCUGUUAUCCGAAUUCCAUCUUUUCAGAUAAUUGUUGCUCAAGGUGUAGCUGGAACGUUUCCUUGGUCAGGGUUAUCCUCUUUCGCGCCCAUGUGGUUGGAGCUUAUCGGCUUCUCACAUGAAACUACCGCGUUCCUCAUAACCAUGUAUGUGGUUGGCAAUUCUCUUGGAGGUUUAUUUGGUGGGAAAAUGGGGGAUAUCCUUUCUAAAAGAUUGCCUAAUUGUGGGAGAAUCAUUCUGUCUCAGAUAAGUUCAGGGUCUGCAAUUCCUUUGGCAGCAAUUCUAUUUUUAGGAUUACCAAAUGAUCCUUCUAGUUCUUUUAAGUAUGGUUUGGUCUUGUUCAUCAUGGGACUCACCACUUCAUGGAAUGCUCCUGCCACAAACAAUCCAAUAUUUGCAGAAAUAGUACCUGAGAAACAUCGAACGAGCAUCUACGCAUUAGAUUGUUCCUUUGAGUCGAUACUCAAUUCGUUUGCUCCGCCUCUAGUUGGUAUACUGGCUCAGCAUGUUUACGGCUACAAGCCAAUCCCAGAAGGAUCAUCAGAGUCUGCAGUGAUAGAAACUGACAGGGAGAAUGCUACCGCGCUUGCAAAAGCUCUUAACAUCAACUUCACAAUCACAAUGACAGUCUGCUGCGCCAUCUACUCCUUCCUUUACUGCACUUAUCCAAGAGACAGAGAACGGGCAAGGAUGCAGAGUUUAGUAGAAUCCGAAUCACAGCUAAUGGAGGGCACUAGUCAUUCCUACAAGCUUCCAUUUUCAAAACUAGAAAAGCAAGAUGUUGAAGAUGAAACAGUUAUGACAGCUGAAUAUGAAGGUGACAAAAAUGAUGAAAAGAGUCUUCUAGCAACCCAGGUACAUGUAUGACUAUGAUCAGGUAAAGUGCAAAUAUACAUCAGUAAGCUAAGCUAAUUUUAGAGUACUAAUUCUAGGCCUAUGAAUGGUUGAAUUUCACAAGUUAAGGUCUGAGCUUCAGGCUAAGUGAUCAAGUGGAGUAAUAUUUAUCAUUGUGCUAACUCACAACUCACAAGUAAAGAAUCUUGCAUGGUUUAAUCUAUCAAGUGGAGCAAAACUUAUCAUGACGGGCCUUACGGCCUACUUGGUAGGCGGUAAUGAAUCUUGCAGGGUUUAAUUUAUCAAGUGGAGUAAACUUAUCAUUACGGCCUAUUUGGUAGGCGGUAAUGAAUCUUGUAGGGUUUAAUUGUUUAAAGAUCAUCGUUAAGAAAUGAAAUGUGAAAAUGGUUCUCUUCUUUUUAUUAUUCA